UAUCUGCACGUGACGGUCAGCUGACUCCAACCGGAAGCUUUGAGGAAGCAGACAACCAAAACAACAAAUCUUCAUACCCAAAACUUGAAUUUUGCAGUAAUUUACGUUUUUUAAUAAUGGAGUCGACCCUCGAGCAGCAUCUCGAUGAUACCAUGAAGAAUCCAGCAGUUGUCGGUGUUCUCUGCACGGAUCAACAAGGACACAAUCUGGGCUGCCGUGGCUCCCUGUCUGAUGAACAUGGCGGUGUCGUGUCAGUUUUGGCCAAACAAGCUGCAGCUCUCACCAAAGACCCAACAGACAGUCCGACUGUGUGCCUGGAGUCUGAGUCAGGAAACAUUCUGGUGAGGAGUCAUGGGACCAUCACAGUAGCAGUUCACAAAAUAGCAUCUUGAAGACGACGCGACUCACACGUUUUAUUGUAAAGAAAUGUACAUGAAAACAUGUACAUAAGUAUAAUCACACAGUCUGGAUCAACUUUGAGAAAGAUCUUCAGCUUGCAAUAGAAAUCUGGAGUUUCCACAUGUCUGUUGGGUUUUUUGUAUACUCAUAUUUAAAAAUAAAUGUGUGUAUCUACACACCAAUCUGUCAGUGAUGCUAUUUUAUUGAUGUCAUAUACAAAUUAGGCCCUGUAUCAUGAUAUUUCCAGCCAUGUUAAUGCUUUGUGUGUUUUUGUUACCAAUCUUCAAUCCAAGGCAGUCAUGCAGAGAAAAACAGAACUUAAUAAAGUUUAACUUGACACGA